AUGUUCGAAGAGUGCUGUCAAAACGACAUGAAAUCGUGGUUUGAGAAACACAUUCAACGGAUGGAGGACGAGCUCCGAUCCCGGAACUGUUACGUGAAUGUCGACCCCCAGAGAAGUCAGCGAGUAUUCGAGGAGAUCUUCAUGAGCUCGAGUCCGAGAUCACCCGCUUCAUUCCAAGAGAACGAUGAGCCCCGGGUCCUCUGCGAGCUUCGGACAACGCCGGAUCGAUUCGCGCCCGAAGAUGUCUCGGUCACCGUGAGGGACCGUGAGGUGAGCGUCCACGCGAGCAAGAAAGUGCUGUUCGACGAUGGAUAUUCGCUGCAAGAAGUCGUCAAAAAAUUCAAAGUGCCGGAGGGAUUCGCCCUCGAUCGAUUGCAAGCCCAAUUGACGGACUCGCGGCUCAUUAUCAAGGCUCCCGUGGAGAAAAGAAAUAACAACAUCACGAUCAAGGUUGUCAGAGUACCCGAUAGAGACGAGAACUUGAAAGAAUCGUCGGCCGGGAAAGAGUUCAACGCCGAGAAUCAAGAGAAAGAGAUCGACACUUCAACCGCCGAGGGAGUUGAAGAGCACCACGUGACGCUGAAGUUGUACCCGAAAACCCCGGAAACCAUUAUCAAAUAA